AUCUCUUGCAUUUUGAUGUCACAUUCCUGGAGUUUCUGAGCUAUGGUCGGCGACCUCGGAGGACUGGCCAGCAGACAGUGAGGCAGCCAGAGGGUAGUCUUCAUCCCCAUCGUCUGUGGAACCUGAUAACGGAAGGAUAAAGAGAGGAGUGUAUGUGUUUGGAGGAGGACAGGAUCCAGAUUGUUUGGAUAUGGCAUUUCUAUGAGAGAGAGAGCUGAUCCAAGGUCAAGGCCUUUCUCCCCUCCCCUUCGAGUCACAUGUCAGCGUGAGGCUCAACUCCCCAAGGUUGCUGCUGCUACUCUGAGGGACCUAAAUACUUGUAAACUCACUUGGAGAAAGUAGCAGCGUGUAAGGUUCAUUUGGAAGUGGGAGAGCCAAGAGGAGAGAGAUUCUUAUCAAGUACUUUCUAAACUGCACUGGAUACAGAUUCUUUUGGAUCUAAUCACUUAGAGAAAAUGACUAAUCUGCUAUCCGAACCAUAGAAGUGCAUACACAAACCCAAUGAGCACACUUAAGGAGACUGGGCUCCGUUUCCUAGAUAUCAAGAGUCACACCGAGUUAUCACUGCAGAGACCUAAUUGUCUCACAACAUUGACUGUUUGAGAAGGAAGAUGCCGGCAAAGACACCAAUAUACUUAAAAACCACAACUCCCAAGAGGGGCAAGAAGCUGAAGCUCCGCGAUGUCCUCUCGGGUGAUAUGAUCAGCCCCCCACUGGGUGACGUGCGCCACAGUGCCCAUGUGGGCCCUGAAGGGGAGGGCGACAUGUUCGGGGACGUCGCUUUCCUCCAGGGCAAGAUGGACAUGCUCCCUUCACCCAGCCGGCUGCGGAAUGGACACGGACGCUCGCACAGCAUGGAGAGAUGCCCGGAGUAUGGUUUCUCCAGCAAACAGGACUCAAAUAACUAUGCCUACAAUGGCUACCACUACCAGCACUCCUCAGCGGGCCUGCUGAAGACCACCAUUUCCAUGCCAGUGUUCAUCGCCCAUGAGCAGGCGCCACCCAAACCGCCACGCCUUCAUCUGGACGAUCCCUCACUUCCAUCUCUGCCUUGCCAGCUGCAGCAGGGCCACUUCCAGAGCCUCCAUCAGCAGUCAAACAAGCAGAUCAAGAGCAAUGGGUACAGCCAGACCGACAGCAGCCAGCAGCAUCGCACCUCAUCUCUAUGUGAGAAUGGCUUGGUGGGCCGCUUGGCCACUGAGCCCUGUCGUGACAUCUCCUUCUCCCCUGCUGUCCGCAGGAUUGUCCCCUCCUCUGGCUCGUUCUCUGAGGUCUCCUCCGAAGACUCCAUGUCUGAGACCUGUGGGCCCCUGGACACGCGCCGGGGCCUCAGCCUGGACUCUGACGCCGGGCUGAGCAAUGAGGACCUGAGGAGUGAACGUAGCGAGUCACCCUCCACUCCCGCCCUUCCAGCCGGCCUCAUGGCAUCACCCAGCGCCUUUGGGGUGCCAAGGUCGGACUCAAUGGCAGGAUUGGACCUGGAUCUGGGGCCUUCCAUCCUGGAGGACGUCCUGAGCAUCAUGGACCGCUACAAGGCAGUUGACGACCACUGUUAGCUGUCAGGAAUGGAGAAAUGAACUCACUAUAAAUCAUAUUUUCUUUUAUACAAUUAUGCUUUAAAACUCUGUGAAGGAGUGGAGCAAUGGACAGUAGAGGCUGUCUUUUUGAAGAGACUUGCCAACUGAGUUUAGAGGUAAAAAGGACAUUAGAAAGAUGAGAGGUGCGUGGACAUUAUUGAUCUCAAGUGCUGGGACUAUGACAACAGCCAAGGCAAAGGGCUGGUCCUUAUGAGCCUUUAUCAGAGCUGAACCACAGACAUAAGUGGAUAGUUGGUAGGAUGAUGAUGAUGAUGAUGAUGAUGAUGAUGAUGAGUGGAAUGGGACCCAUCUUGUUAAAAAUCAUGAAAAUACAUUUUCCUUUUCCUUGGAAGAAAUUCCAAAAUACCAGGAUUUGCAUUUUUUGAAACUAACUUCUGCUGAUAAUUUAAUUUUCUGUCUGCUAUUUCUCUUGGAAAUGAUUAAUAAAAUGUCCUACUGAUUUAGAUAUAGAUAAGUGUUGACUGAUCUGGGGAACACAGAUCACAGCAGCUCUGAAAGCAAUAUCUGUUGACAUGCAAUGAAUUAGGAUGUUGAAAACGUAAUUAGAAAAAUGUACUUUUCUGCAGUGGAGUUCACAGUGUAUUUUUUUGGUCAUAUUAAGCUGGGCUGCAAACAAAGUAUAAAGGUUGGAUAGGUAAGCCGGGCUAUACUGUAAUUUAUUUUGGCGGCCUCAAAACUCAAUGUAAGCGCUUUAAAGUUUCAGAAGAUCCUUAUCCUAAUUCUUCAGGCUUUUGUUGCCAAGUUUCAAAGCUUUCUGUGAGAGAUCUGUAGAAUUUGUUGUGUACAUGAUUUGACUGUCCUAACAGAAAAAAAGAUAUCAGUUAAAGUUGUCCUUAGCUGCCAGCAAGUGGUGCUUUUGAGAACUGCACCAUUGACUUUUCAGUAGCAGAUUUUUUUUCCUUUGAUCUGAGGGAAAAGCAAGGAGACACAUUUCAUUGCGUAUCUAAUAAAAUGCUUCCAGUAUAGGAAAAGUGCUGCUUCUUAGAUUGUCAUAAGAUAUCAGUCCUUUAAAACAAAGACUCUUCUUUCAUGUUCUUCAUGUUCACUUCAUGUUUCUUCCAUGUGUGGCUCACUGUUGGCCUCCCUAACACUAAUGUCUGCAUUAUCACAGUAGCCUAUAUUUCAAAUGUCACAUAUGCUGUAUAUAUCAUUCUAAAUGUAUGAAUAAAUAUGAUUCUAUAAAGAAAA